UUUUAGAUUCCCUCUGUGGCGAACUCACUUGGUGUCGGAACACAGCCACGGACAGACCAUGAGGCUGUUCCUGCCCGCGCUGCUGCUGGCAGCGGGGCUCUCGCUGGUCUCGAGUGAGGGGUACGGCUACAAGCAGCCCGUCAAGUACGCCGGCCCCAUCGUCUACAGCGGGGAGAAGCCGCCGAUCGUUCACUUCCCCGCGCCGCCCCCACCCACGAAGGGGUACGGCCACGGCAAGGGUGGCUACAAGGUGCCCCAGUCGGUCAAAUACGUGCCGCUGCCCCACCAUGAGCUCCCCGUGCUGAUCUACCAGUCCGACUCGCAGCCUCCCGUCCACGUGGUCAACACCCCUGCGCCCUAUGUGGCGCAUAAGGCACCGAGCAAGGGCUACGGACCUCCUCCCAGCAAGGGCUACGGACCUCCGCCCAGCAAGGGCUACGGCGCACCGAAGGCACCCUCCUCUGGGUACGGCGCCCCGAAGGCACCGCUGUCUGGCUACGGUGCUCCGUCUAAGGGUCAUGGCGGCGGCGGCCACGGCGGCGGCGGCGGCGGCCACGGCGGCGGCUACAGCGGCGGCGGUGGCGGACACGGCGGUGGUGGCGGCAAGGGAGGACACGGAGGCGGACACGGCGGCGGAAAGGGAGCCCACGGCGGCGGCGGCGGAGGUGGCGGAUACAGCGCGCACGGCUCCAGCGAUAGCGCUGUCUACAUCAAGGCGCCGCCAGCGCCGGCGCCUGUCUACGUGCCGGCUCCGGAGCCCCAGUACGUGUCCGCCAGCAAGCCGUCGCCUAGUUACGGCGCCCCUCACAAGCCGGCGCCCUCCUACGGUGCGCCCAAGGCCAAGGGCUAUCCCGCCCCCCGGCCGCAUUCGUCUUACGGUGCUCCCAAGGCCAAGGGAUACCCGGCCCCCAAGCCUCAUUCGUCUUACGGAGCCCCCAAGGCGAAGGGAUACCCGGCUCCCAAGCCUCAUUCGUCCUACGGUGCCCCCAAGGCCAAGGGAUACCCGGCCCCCAAGCCACACUCGUCCUACGGAGCCCCCAAGGCCAAGGCCACCCCCGCCCCGCACAUCAUCUACGCCGGACAUCCCCCGAUUCACGUGUACCAACAGCCUCCGGUUUACCAGAUCACGAAGGCACCCAGCAAGGGCUACGGACCUCCUCCCAGCAAGGGCUACGGACCUCCUCCCAGCAAGGGCUACGGACCCCCUCCCAGCAAGGGCUACGGACCUCCUCCCAGCAAGGGCUACGGACCCCCUCCCAGCAAGGGCUACGGACCUCCUCCCAGCAAGGGCUACGGACCCCCUCCCAGCAAGGGUUACGGACCUCCUCCCAGCAAGGGCUACGGUGUCCCGAAGGCACCAUCUUCUGGCUAUGGUGCCCCAUCUAAGGGCCAUGGCGGCGGCGGUGGCCACGGCGGCGGCGGCGGCGGCCACGGCGGCGGCGGCGGCGGGUACGGCGGCGGCGGCGGAAAGGGAGGUCACGGCGGCGGACACGGCGGCGGCGGUAAGGGAGGCCACGGAGGCGGACACGGAGGCGGACACGGAGGCGGCGGAAAGUACCCGGCGGCCCGGCCUUCCAGCAGUUACGGAGCCCCUAAGGGCAAGUACCCGGCCCCCCGGCCCAGCUCCCAUUAUGGCGCGCCCUCAAAGGGCCAUGGCGGAGGCGGAAAGGGCUACCCGGCUGCGCGUCCCAGCAGCCACUACGGAGCUCCCUCUAAGGGCCAUGGCGGCGGCGGCGGACACGGCGGCGGACACGGCGGCAAGGGAGGUCACGGAGGCGGACUCGGCGGCGGCGGCAAGGGCGGACACGGCGGCGGACACGGCGGCGGACACGGCGGCAAGGGCGGACACGGCGGCGGACACGGCGGAAAGGGUGGACACGGCGGCGGACACGGCGGCGGACACGGCGGAGGCAAGUACCCCGCGCCGCGGCCCAGCAGCCACUACGGCGCGCCAGCCAAGGCAGCGCCCGUCUACCUGCCGGCGCCCAAGGCGUACAACAAGCCGCCAAUCAUCAUCUACCAGGGCGUGCGGCCUCCGGUGCACGUCUACAAGGCUGAGCCGAGCAAGGGCUACGGCGCGCCCAAGGCGCCCAGCUCCGGCUACGGCGCGCCACACAAGCGCGCCGACCGGCCGUCGGUGCGCCGGCCGUCAGCCGCCGCGCUGGUCAGCCCCACCGACGCGGUGGAGCCGCGCCACGCCCCUGCCGGCGAGCGGCGGUCCAUCAACGUUGAGACGGUCGUCGGUCGGCCGGUAACGUCCGGUGGCGCCGCCAUCGGCGAGAAGGUCGUCGAGGCGGUCGUCGCCGUCGGCACCGAGGCGAAAGAGUAG